AUGAACAACAGAAUGAUCCCAGAAAUAAGUAAUGGAAAAAUGAGUACAAGCAAGAUCAGUCGUAUCUUUGCAUGCAGAUCAGUGUUUGGAAAUGAAUUGAAGAUGUUACCACAGGGAAUAUUCAAUAACUUGAAAGAUUUAAAGUAUUUGUUGCUAUUCGACAACAAACUGCAAAACCUUUCCUCGACGAUAUUUGGUGACCUCACCUCCCUGACGAUACUGUCCUUGUCCGUUAACCAGCUCAGUCACCUACCACCGAAUAUUUUCAAAGAAAACAAAAACCUAGAGUGGUUAGAGUUGAACGACAACAAUCUCGACGAAUUAGCUAAUAACCUGUUUCGAGGCAUGAGGAAUUUAACAGGGCUGUGGUUGCGCAACAACAAAGUGAAGUCGCUGACCCCAGAUCUGUUCUCAGAUUUAAUCAAUUUGGAUGACCUGGAUUUGUCAAAUAACGAAAUAAAAAAUCUGCCGCAAGGAAGUUUUGAAGGUCUAACGAAGCUUAAAAAGCUGUAA